CUAUCAUCCCUAUCCCUUUCUCCUCAAAUCAAAUCCCUAAAACCCCCAAUCAAGAAAUCAAAUUGAUAAGAGGCAUUAUUAUCGAACUAUCCACGAAGCUGCGCACUAAUUAAGGUUAAGGGAACACCGAUUUAAUCCCAUAAAAAGAAAAUUCCGCUGUCGCCUUUUUAUGUUUAUGGGAAAAUCGAUUCCAUCUUCUCAAAAACUCCAACAAAUUGCUCGCUUCGUCGCUUCCCCCGACAACGGGUCCAAUCGCCGUGCUCAAUUGAAACCCGCAUCCAAGGCCCGACCCAUCUCCCCCUCCAACCCGACUGGGCCCAGAACCGGUUCGAACCACCAGCUGAAGGUAGACAAUCGGCACAUGGAAGCGGCGGAGAACUCGGACCGGCAGCGGAUGACGCCGCUGGCUGAUGUGGUGGCGGACUGUGUCAAGCGGUGGUUCCAGGAUACACUGAAGGAGGCCAAAAACGGCGAUACUUCCAUGCAGGUACUCGUCGGCCAGAUGUACUACAGCGGAUAUGGGGUUGGUAGAGAUUCCCAGAAGGCAAAAGCAUGGAUUAACAGGGCCUCGAGGACUAGGUCGUCAGUAUGGAAAGUAGGUGAUAAACAUCCAGGAUAUAAUGCCAGUGAUUCUGAUUCCGAUGACCCCAAGGAAGAAGCCAAAUAGGAUAAACGUGGGGGGUUUACGUAGGUAACGUAAUAAACAACAAAUGCAUCUGUGUGCUGCCUCGAUGCCUGUGGCUAACAGGUCUCUGUAAAAGUAUUCAUAGAAUAUGGGUUUCAAAGAGCACAUUGCUCUUUUAAUUAUGUCAUUUUCUUGAUUUUCUUUGCCAGCUACAUCACUUCUGAACUGCUGUUUGUAUUUUUUUUUUUUGCUUGAUGUUUUCUGUAAUUGUUGAUUUUGCCCUGUCGGUGUUGAAACCAUAAAAGGGAAGUAAGAAAAAAUGCAACUUUAUUCCCCUUUAUACCCCCAAGUUUGUCAAUUUCGUGCAUUUCAAAGUUAUGCUUUUUUCUU